CACUAUACAGACCACCGAGGGCAUGGCGCUGACGAGUCGCCUUCUGGGCGUCCUCCUCGGCAUCACAGUGCCGCUGCUCUUCUUCUCCCGUGCAGAGGGGGGUGAGGUAGGCGUGUGCUAUGGGAGGAUGGCGACUAACCUGCCUGACCCGGCGACUGUGGUGCAACUGCUCAAGAAGAACAGCAUCACCAUGGUGAGGAUCUACGACACCGACCCGACGGUGCUGCGCUCGCUGGCCGACACCGGCAUCAAGGUCACGGUGGAGCUAACCAACGAGGAGCUGCCCUCCGCUGCCACGGACCAAAAUUUCGCUGAUCAAUGGGUGCAGAACAAUGUGAAGGCCUACUACCCGGCCACGCAGAUCAAUGGCGUGACGAUCGGGAACGAGGUCUUCAAAGAGGCUAGUCAGUUGAACUCCCAGCUCGUCCCGGCCAUGAAGAAGGUGCAAGCGGCGCUGGCUCGACUGGGCCUGGCGGACGCCGUGAAGGUGACCACGCCCAUCGCGUUCGACGCGCUCAAGACGUCGUUCCCGCCCUCCGAGGGUGCGUUCCGUGACGACAUCGCGUUGUCGGUGAUGAGCCCCAUGGUCGACUUCUUGCAGGAAACCGGGUCGUACCUCAUGAUGAAUAUCUACCCGUACCUUGCGUACCUCAGUACUCCCGGCAUGUCCAUCGACUAUCUCUUGUUCCGCCCCAACGCUGGCAUUCUUGACAGGAAUAGCAGGCAAACGUACUUCAGCCUCCUCGACGCGCAGCUUGACGCUGUGUACUAUGCGAUGGAGAAGCUGCCGUCCUCCAGCCUGCGUGCUGGGGGGAUGAGGAAGCUCACAGCAGGGGGCGGAAUACUGGAGGUGAAGCUUGGUGAGAUUCACCACCCAACCAGAGGCCACCAUGGCGUGGGAACAAGAGCCAACGCCCAAGCGUUCACCGAUGGUCUCAUGAGAAAAGUGCGUGGCGGUAACUCCGGCACCACCUCAAACAGAUAUAACCGGCUCGCCACCAGUGCUGUCGGCACCCCGCACCGUCCCAACGCCGAUCUUGACGUGUACAUCUUCGAACUCUUCAAUGAGGACAACAAGCCCGAAGACGAGCAGGACUUCGGGUUGUUCUACCCGAACCAGCAGCCCGUGUACCAAGUCGACUUCGUCCAUGGCGGCACUGGUGCCGGCCCCGGAUACUGCACCGCGAAGGCCACGGCCGGGGACGCGGCCUUGCAGGCGGCGCUGGACUACGCGUGCGGCCACGGGGCGGACUGCAGCGCCAUCCAGCCAGGCAAGCCCUGCUACGAGCCCAACACCAAGCUGGCGCACGCGUCGUACGCCUUCAACGACUACUACCAGAAGAACGGCCGGGCCAGCAGCGCGUGCGACUUCGGCGGUGCCGGCAGCAUUGUCAACCAGGCACCAUCAGGCCGCUGCGACCCGAGCCCAAGCUGGUGUGUGGCGAACGCGGCGGUGGCCGCCGCGCGGCUGCAGAACGCGCUGGACUAUGCCUGCGGCCACGGCGCGGACUGCACUGACAUCCAACCUGGAGCACGGUGCUUCGAUCCCGACACCAAGGUCGCCCAUGCGUCCUUCGCGUUCAAUGACUAUUACCAGCGCCAUAGCCGGGCCGCCGGAACGUGUGACUUUGCCGGUGCUGGUACCAUUGUCCGGCAGGCACCAAAGAUAGGCAACUGCGUGCUCCCGUCAAGGGCCUGAGCCGAAGAAACUGUAGCCAAGGCGAAGCUUUACUACCACGAGAUUAAGCAAUAAUCCCGACAGAUUAUCUGCUGCCGGCAAAGUCUAGUUUUCAAAUGUAAAACUAGAUAAUAAAUCCAUGCUUUUCAUCAUGUGCUUUAUAUAUAUACCUAGAUUUUCUAGAAGAUAUAUAUUCCUAGAUGUGCCAUAAGUAUUACACAUCUAAAUCUUAUAUCACCGAAGAGUGCGUUGCAACGGUUUCGCCGGGAUGCAAACAACGAAGAUAAAGAUAUUAGCGUGCUGAGUGGGUUCUCUAUGAAGCCAAAAAAUAUAUUAGCACCGCUAUGAAGCAAACGCCAGACCGGACUACACAACUCGCCGACCCCACUCUGGCUUGCAUUUGGGACUCGCGUGUGCCAAGCCGGGUGCAGGUCUUUGGAUGGCUAUUCUACCUCGACCGGCUCAACACUAGGGCUAAUCUUCAUCGGAAGACCAUCCUCGACUCCUCCUCAUGUGCUAGAUGUGCGUCUGCGCCGGAAGACCGAACCCACCUGUUCUUCCUCUGCCCUGCCUCGCGCAGCAUCUGGGACGCCAUUGGGUUCCUCCCAUGCACCUCUCCCUUUGCAGCUUUGUGGUCGCCACCGGCCCAUGCGGGGCUCCCAGGGUCGGUUUGGCCCUUCAUUCUUAUUCUCAUCAUAUGAAAAAUUUGGGAUGCGCGAAACGCAAAAACCUUUCGCCAGGUUGAUGUCUCGCCCAAUGAUGUAAUUAAGGGAAUCAUUGCGGAUCUCAUGCUUUGGUCUCACCGCCUUCGAAAGGCCGAGGACAAGUCCCAUGCCGGCUUGUGGCGGGAC